AUGGACUCGGUUGACAUCACAGAGGCCAACGCCGUUGCUGCGGGCACAAACAAGCAGCAGAAGAGAAUCGUCGCGUCCGGGAUUGGCGGGCGGCUGAUGGGCACGAAGUCGAUGACGACGGUGACAGCAGAGGAGUUGGCGAAGGACAGCGUUGCAGAGGUGUUGAAGCGGGACAAGGAGCUGCGGCUGAAGUACGAGCGGGAGCAGCACAUCUCGGAAAAGCCGUGGACCCGGGAGAACUGGUACAAGCACGUGAACUGGUUGAACUUCAUGCUCGUGUUGCUCUUCCCGUUUGUGGCGAUGGGGUGCUCGUACUGGGUGAAGCCGACGGUGCAGACGAUGACGCUUGCGCUGUCGCUCUUCUGCCUGUCGGGCCUCUCGAUCACGGCCGGGUACCACCGGUUGUGGUCGCACAGAGCGUACGAGGCCAGAGACCCGUUGAAGAUCUUCUUUGCGCUCUUCGGGGCGUCCGCCAUCGAGGGCUCGAUCAAGUGGUGGGGCCACUCGCACAGAAUCCACCACCGUUACACGGACACCGACAGAGACCCCUACGACGCCAGACGCGGCUUCUGGUACUCGCACAUCGGCUGGAUGCUGUUGGUGCCUAACCCCAAGUACAAGGCCAGAGCAGACAUCUCCGACUUGGUGGACGACUGGAUUGUCCGCGUCCAGCACAGACACUACCUGACCAUCAUGGUCUUCAUGGCGCUCAUUCUCCCGGCCCUCUUCUCCAAGUACUUUUUCGACGACUUCUGGGGCGGCUUCAUCUACGCCGGCCUGAUCAAGUCCUUCAUGAUCCAGCAGGCCACCUUCUGCGUCAACUCCCUCGCCCACUGGAUUGGCGAACAGCCCUUCGACGACAGAAGAACCCCAAGAGACCACUUGCUCACCGCCUUUGUCACCUUUGGCGAGGGCUACCACAACUUCCACCACGAGUUCCCAUCCGACUACAGAAACGCCCUCAAGUGGUACCAAUACGACCCUACCAAGAUCCUCAUCUGGUGUGCAUCCAAGGUCGGCCUCGCCUACAACUUGAAGAAGUUCUCCCAGAACGCCAUCGACCAGGGCAUCUUGCAGCAGAAGCAGAAGAAGUUGGACGAAAUGAGAAGCCGUUUGAACUGGGGGCCCCAGGUCUCUGAGUUGCCAAUCUGGUCCAAGGACCAGUUCUACGAGGAGGCCGCCAACAAGAAGGGCUUGGUCAUUGUCUCCGGCAUAGUCCACGACUGCUCCUCAUUCUUGACCCAGCACCCGGGUGGACAGGCUUUGGUCCGUUCAUCCUUCGGUAAGGACGCCACCAUCGCUUUCAACGGUGGUGUCUACGCCCACUCCAACGCCGCCCACAACUUGUUGUCCACCUUGAGGGUCGCUGUCAUCAAGGACUCCGGUGCUAUCGGUAACACCUUCGACAAACAAUUGGAAUACUUGGCCAAGGCCGACCUGGAGAAGGUGGAGAAGAGCAAGUCCAAGGCGGCUUGA